GAGCGCGCGCGCGGAGGGGGGCGUGGUCUGUCGUGACGUGUUCCGUGCGACAACACGCUGAAACGAAACUCAGUCAAGAAAACUUCUGAACCAGGCGCCUUCAAGCUCCAAGUGUAGUUUGCGUUGGGUUUUUUUUCUCAUAAAAGUUGAUACAUUACAGAUAUGGCAUCUGCCAGCAGUCUGCUGUCAGAGGAGAAGUUCCUGUGUCCCAUCUGUCUGGAAGUGUUCACUGAGCCAGUCUCAACGCCAUGUGGACAUAACUUCUGCAGCGCAUGUAUCCAGAAGUAUUGGGACAGCAGUGACGUUUGCCAGUGUCCAUUUUGCAAAAAGACGUUUUCUCCGAGGCCCGAGCUGCAAGUCAACACUGUCCUCUCUGAGUUAGCUGCUGGGUUCAAGACGUUAGUUCAAGUCAAAGCCUCAACUCCAGACCCAGAACUUCUUGAAACAGCAGCUGUUCUUUGUGAUAUCUGCUCUGAGAUAAAGGAAAAGGCCGUUAAGUCUUGCCUGACGUGCCUGGUGUCUUUCUGUGAAGUGCACUUUGAACCACAUCGCAGAGUUGCUAUUCUCAAAAGCCACACAUUAUUAGACCCGGUGAAGGAUCUUGAUGACAGGAUGUGCAAGACCCAUAACAAGAUAACAGAACUGUACUGUACGACUGACCGGGCCUGCAUUUGUGCCCUGUGUUUCAAAACCGAUCACAAGGGUCACUGCAUUGUCCCACUUGAGGAAGAAUAUGAAUCAAUGAUGGCAAAAAAAGAUGAUACAGUAGCAAAUAUCUUAAAGAUGAUACAGUCGCGGUCUGAGAAGAUUGUCGAAAUUGAAAACGUUGUUGAUGUCAAGCAGAGAGAAGCUGAGAAAGAAAAAGAAGCCAGUGUGCAGGUCUUCACUGACUUGAUCAACUUCAUUCAGAGAAACCAGGCCGAGCUUGUUGAGGUGAUUGACGAGAGGUACAGAGCAGAAAAACAAAAGGCUGAAGGUUUUCUCACCGAACUGAAGGCAGAAAUUGCUGAGCUUGAAAGCAGAAGCAACCAGCUGGAGCGGCUGUCGCAGUCAGAGGAUCACCAUCUUUUUCUCAAGAGUUUCCCAACCUUGUGCGCUCCUUUGAACAAGGACUGGACCAGCACUCAUGUUCACAGUAAUCUGUCUUUUGAGGAAGUCAGAGAUGAUGUUAAUCAGCUCAAACAGAGAAUUGACGAAAUAAUGGAAAAGCUUCCUGAGAUCAAAAUGAAAAGGAUGAGAGAACAUGCGGUGGACUUGUCUCUUGACCCUGACACAGCAUACUGCUCACUUGUCAUUAGCCAGGAUGGAAAACAAGUACAAUGUGGAGAAAAAAAACAGAAUCUUUCCCCUAAUCCAAAGAGGUUUGAAAUAUAUUCAGAUGUUUUGGCAAAAGAGGGGUUCACAGCAGGGAAGUUUUACUAUGAGGUGCAAGUGAAAGGAAAGACUGACUGGAUGGUUGGACUGGUCAGAGAGUCAGUCGAAAGAAAGAAGGACACACGUCUCUCACCGAAGACUGGUGCCUGGAUCAUCGGGCUUGAUGAUGGUAUAUAUAGCGCAUAUGCAAAUCCAAGUGUUAAAAUCACAGUGAAAGAAAAGCUUGAGAAGGUGGGCAUCUUUGUGGACUAUGAAAAGGGAAUCGUUUCUUUCUAUGAUGUGAAUUCUAAAUCACAUAUCUAUUCUUUCACUUGCUGCUACUUUAGAGAGAAAAUUUAUCCAUACUUUGGCCUUCAGGAUAACAUAAGUGGAAAAAACUCUGCACCUCUCAUCAUAAUGCCUGUACCUCAAACACAAUGAGCUUGUUCCUUGACCUUUGGCACUUCUUUGAACGCCAGGGAAAAAUUAACUUUCUCCUAAUACGCUUAGCAAGCCUGCUUGAAGUCUUCACAGCAAAUACCAAAUGGUGUAUUGUAGUCAAACAGAUUCUUUAGUAUCUGAAAUGUUUUCUAUGACAUUUUGUGCAUUUGAUCCUUUGUCAAGAUAUUCUCUUGCUCUGCCAUGCUACAGUAUGUGUCAUGUUCAUGAAGAUAAAUCGCAGUCAGGGUGUAUCAGGUGGAGAUCUGCAGAGAGAGAAAGCUGUUCUUGUAAUUCACAGUGGCUUGAAAAUGAAGAGCUUUUUUUUUAUGAGUGUGUAUAAAUAAACUACACAUCUAUACGA